AUGCCACAACCAAAACUUAAGAAGAACUCUGGCCUCGGUAGAACAAUUAUUAAAGAUAGAUUUAAAGGUCAUAAACCUAAAGAUGGCGAUACUGCAUUGCAUACAACUGACUUAAACGAUGGGCCUAGCUGGACAAACUUACAAUCAAUAACACAUCAAAAAGAUUUGGAUGAAUUUCUUAGUACGGCACAAUUAGCAGGAACACAAUUUACAGCUGAAAGGUUGAAUAUUAAGGUAGUGACAAAUCAUUAUGAGAAUCCGUUUCUUUUGAGCUCUGAAAAAGAAAAAGAAACAUUGGCAAGACAUGAAGCUAAUAAAGAACGAUUGGUUAUACCUAGAAGACCCAAAUGGGAUAAAUCAACAACCCCUGAACAAUUAGAACAUGAAGAAAAAGAAUCAUUCCUAAGAUGGAGACAACAAGAUGAAUUCUUGUUGACACCGUUUGAACGAAAUAUAGAAGUUUGGAGACAAUUAUGGCGAGUAAUAGAAAGAUCAGAUUUAGUUGUUCAGAUAGUAGAUGCUAGAAAUCCUUUGUUCUUUCGUUCAAUUGAUUUGGAAAAAUACGGAGAGGAAGAAGAGAAUGACCUUAAAAUAUUCAACAUAAAGAAUUCUGAAAACAAUAAAGUAAAGAUUGUAACAACAGAAGAUUUAAUAUCUUUACUAACAGCAGAGGUUCAAGAUAUGGAAGGAUUGGUCGGGUAUCCCAACGUAGGAAAAUCAUCUACAAUAAAUACACUUUUAGGUGCGAAGAAAGUAUCAGUAUCAUCAACGCCAGGAAAAACUAAACAUUUCCAAACAAUAAAUCUAUCGCAAAACCUCGUGUUAUGUGAUUGCCCUGGAUUGGUGUUUCCAAAUUUCGCGACAACAAAUGCGGAAAUGAUUUGUAAUGGUGUAUUACCAAUUGAUCAGAUGAGAGAACACACAGGACCUGCUGCACUAGUCUCGAAACGGAUACCUAAAGAUGUUCUCGAGACUAUGUAUGGUAUUAAAAUUUUGACGAAACCUGUUGAGGAGGGUGGAAGUGGUAUACCAACGCCAGAAGAAUUUUUAAUCGCUUACGCAGGCAGAUUAGCUGCUAGAGGAUUAACAAAAUCUGGACAUGGUAAUUAUGAUGAAUCACGUGCUGCACGAUAUAUAUUAAAAGAUUAUGUUAAAGGUAAAUUGCCAUUUUGUCACCCGCCACCAGAUAGCAAUAUUUCCAUAGAAGAAUUUAAUAUGGAACUUCAUGAUCCAAAAUUAUAUCUUAAAAAAAAUAACAACAAAAAAACGAUUACAUCAUCUAACAUCAAUGAUGCUAAAGAAGAAUAUGAAUAUGAUGAUGGCAUUAAUGACAUUAUCAUAAGUGGUGCCAAAAUUAAAGGAAAAUUUUCAAAAACGGUCAAUGAAUUUAAUAGGGUAAAAAUUUAUCCAAUUAAUUAUGAUAUUGAUGAUAAUAAUAAUGACAGUAGUAGGGAUGUAGGAAGAGCUGUAUUAACAGGUAAAAAACAUUUUAAAAAAGGGAGAAAGAAACAUUAA